AUGUUUAUAGACUAUAGAACCUCACUUUUUGCAAUGUAUUUAUUCUUAACAGGUGAUUCAAGCUCAUUGAGUAAUUGGUCAUACAAGAGCAAUCCACCACUUGCAAUAUUAAUCGUCUUAUUCUCAUUAUUAAUUGUUGUAUACCUUAUGAAUUUGCUUAUUGGGUUACUUAAUUUUGCGAUUGAAAAGGAUAACAAUAGAGUCUCAUAUUUGAUGCAAAAAGUGGAGAUUCUGGCCGAAAUUGAAUUAUUUUAUUUAUUACCACAUCAGAGACGUUGUCAAGAAUGGUUUCCUGAAUUAAUAUAUUAUUUUGCAAAUGUUGAUAAGACUCGAGAAAAAAUUAAAGAAAUGAUUAAUAAUGACGAAUGGAAAACUGAUUAUUUUCCAGAAAUGAAGCAAGAAUUAUUAAAUAAACUCAAUAUUCAACAUAAUCCUCAUAAUGAUAAAGUUUUCAUGGAUAAAUUAGAAGAAAUAUAUAUAAUGAUUUCCAAACUUUCUAAAGAACAAUCACCUCAAGUUGAAAAAAAUUGAUGAAAUCAAAGAAGUCGAAGAGCAACCUAAUCAUCAAAAUUAUCAAAACUGAGUUAGAUGAUAAUGAAUGGAAAGUCAUAUUAAAUGAAAAUAGAAAGCAUAACUUUAUUUUUAACUAUAAAAUUGUAUUCUAACGUUCAAAGUAAUCAAAAUUAGAAUUUAUUAAUUUAAUUACUAAUUAAUAUACUGUAGAUUCCUAUAAGUGAAAUAUCUGCUACAUAAAAUAAAUAAAAUAAAUAUGUA